AACCCUCCUCCUGUAAUGAAGCUAGUUGAGAUUAGUGCAGGGAGCAGACACGUCGGAUGAGACGUUUCUUGCAACCAAGUCCUUGGCAGAAAGAUUCAAGAAGACGGUGAUCUGCUCUCAGGACUUUGCAGGCUUCAUAGUGAACAGAAUCCUGAUGCUGAUGAUCAACGAAGCAUUCCACACUCUCUACACAGGAGUCGCGACAAAGGAGGAUAUCGACGCAGGGAUGAAGCUAGGGACGAACCAUCCAAUGGGGCCACUGGAGCUCGCUGACUUCAUCGGACUAGAUGUCUGCCUGUCAAUCAUGAAGGUUCUUCACAACCCAGCUAAACGAGGACAACCGUCUGCACGGCUUUGAACUGAAGCCUGACAUAGUGGAGGGAAGAGAGGCCUUUUUGUAAAUAAGAGACAAUGAUGGAGCUGCUUAGCUUCUCCAUCUUCGUGUGAAGACUUGUUAGAGGCCAUAAAAGUGAGCCACUAAUAAAGGGCAGUGUUUGCGUUAGAAAGGUUUAGUAGCAUCCAUCCUUGAACAU